GGCUAAAGUUUAGCACCUUGGGUGUUUGGAAAGAGGGCUAAAGUUUAGCACCUCUUCUGUAAAAUGUCCCUUUUGCCCCUGCUGUGCUGCCCCUGCUGUGCUCUCCCGCCUACGCCGCCUGAUUCGAUUCGGUUCGAGCCGCCGCGGCUGGCAGGAAUCUCGUAGGCCAGAGGAGGAACAACCCUCUGGCCGAAUCGGCGAUGGCGACCCACCCGGCCUCCCCGACUGCCGGCGCCGGCGACGACAGGUCGCCGUCCGGGCCGCCGCCGGUGCACCUGUCUGCAGCGCAGGCGAUGGCGGCGAUCCAGCCCACCUCACCGUGGUUCUUCUUCUCCUCGCUGGCCGCGGCCUCCGCCGCGGCGUCUUCCCCGCACCGCCGCAUCGGCAUCACGGUGGACCUCUCGGACGAGUCCGCCUUCGCCGUCAAGUGGGCCGUCCAGAACUACCUCCGCCCCAGGGAUGCCGUCGUGCUGCUCCACGUCCGCCCCACCUCCGUGCUCUACGGCGCCGACUGGGGCUCCAUCCCGGUCUCCGUCGACGACGAGCCCGACGCCGGCAUCGCCGAGGGCGCGGCGCGCGCCGCGGCCACCUUCGGGGAGGAGGAGACCGAGCUCAUUCGAUCCGGGGCCGGGCACCAGAUGAGGAUGGCACAUUCGAUCCGGCAGCGGCAGCGGUGGCGGGGCCGGUCGGGGCGCGGGGCGCAGCGGGCGCAUUUGGGUUGA